AGCGCGCGGUGCUCGGUCCGUGCGCCCCGCGCCCUGCGAUCUCCGCCUGGCUUUGCACCCAGGGCGCACCCGAACUUCUCUUCUGCACGGUCCCGGGGUGCAUUUAGCCCCGGGAAGGAAGAGAGAGAGAGCAAAGGGGGGACCCCAUGGCCCGGCCCGCGACCUGCACCCUUCGCAGUGGCCUCCUCCGGCACGGGGUCCCAGGGUCCCCUCGGGUCCCCGCGAUCCGGAUGGCGCACGCGGUGGCUGGAGCCGGGCCGGGCUCGGGGGGCAGGAGUCACCACUGACCGGGUCAUCUGGAGCCCCCCAACAGGCUGAACACCCAGUGCCUGUAGGCCCAGGAUGCAGCGCUGGAAGGCGGCGGCCGUCAUCUCUUUGCUCUGCAGCUCGGUACUGUCCUUCUGGAUGUGUCGGGAGGGUCUGCUGCUCCGCCACCGCCUGGGACCUGCGCUCACACCGCUGCGCCGCCCUCCGCGCACCCUGGACGCCCGCAUCGCCCGCCUGGCCCAGUACCGAGCGUUGCUGCAGGGCGCCCCGGACGCAGUGGACCUUCGAGAACUUUCUCCCUGGGCCGGCCGAGCCCCGGGGACCCGCCGUCGAGCUGGUGGUCCUCGCCGUCGCCGUGCGCGUGCGCGGUCUGGCGCGCAUGCGUGCGGGCUGCGCGAGCUCGAGGUGCGCGUCAGCGAGCUGGGCCUGGGCUACACGUCGGACGAGACGGUGCUGUUCCGCUACUGCGCAGGCGCGUGCGAGGCGGCCGCGCGCGUCUACGACCUCGGCCUACGGGGCCUGCGCCAACGGCGGCGCGUGCGCAGAGAGCGGGUGCGCGCGCAGCCCUGCUGCCGCCCGACGGCCUAUGAGGACGAGGUCUCUUUCCUGGACGUGCACAGCCGGUACCACACGGUACGCGAGCUAUCGGCGCGCGAGUGCGCAUGCGUGUGACCCUACCUCACCGCCCGCGACCCCACUGCGCCUGCACAAGACCAUGGCCGUCGAGGCCGCGGGAACUCUCUGGAGAACUGUGUUCGUAUAAAAUGUGGGAACUCCAGCCCUCCUACUCAUUGGAGCCCUGGGACGUCGAGUGGGUCAUGAGGCGGAUCUGCAGAGAAAGGGGGAGCUGCCUGGUGGCCUCGGGGAAAGGGAAAGUAGAGUGGGAAGAAGGAAAGAGCGGGCAGGGAAAUGGCUGUCUGGGUAAAGGUGAGUUGAUCUCCAAGCUGGGCGUCGCAAUAGCUGCCUUUAAUCCCAGCACUCAGGAG